AUGGCGACAUCGCGAUUCCAACAGUCAGAUCUACGGCGUCAGGUCGGGUCUCCGAGGCCUAAAGGUCGCGAGAACAAGGAAACACUCUGCCGAAACGUCCUCAUCUACGGGCACUGUCGAUACGAGGACCAAGGGUGCACAUUCUCCCACGAUUUAAACAAGAACAACGGAAAUCAGAUCGAUAUGUCUAAGAAGGCUCUCAAUGUCGAGUCGCCGUCCUUCACGCCGGCUGGCAUCCAGCCGACGGUGACCAAGAAGCCCACCUUUUCUACACAGGCUGCCAGCGCCCCGGCAUUCACGCCACGCUCUGUCGGAGUGACACCCGCCGGAAGCACAGCCGACACCGAAUCUCCCGUCUUCAACCCCGCAACUAUCCGCGAAUUCACACCCAGCUUCGACGUCAGCUCGCAAUCUGGCGCGAACGGCUCCAAUCAUGAAGGGUCUUCGUUCGACCCCUUCACUAUGGCGGCGGUCGGGCAGAACUUGCCUACUCCCCAAUACAACCCGUAUGCCGAGGACCACAACGCCAUGGGCGGCGGGGCCACGUCCUUCUUCCCGGCCCAGGGAGCCUUCACCACGCCGCUUCAACCCCUCCAAUAUCACCUCUACGCCCCUGUCGGACCCCACAGGGAUGAUCUGAUGCCCUACCAACGCCUCACACACGACUUCUUCAUCCCCGAUAAACUACGAGAAGAGCUCCAGAAGAAGGCCGAAGCGUCGCUGCAGAUUAUGCCCAACUCGCAGCUGCCGCAGCUGGACAACUAUCACUCGCUGGUCGCGCUGGACACGUCGCAUAGGAAGAACGCCAACAUCUACGGCUAUCCCAGCUGGGUUUACAAGGCAGUCUCAUCCAAGACCGGAAACCUGUACAGCCUGCGGCGCCUGGAAGGCUUUAGGUUAACCAACGAGCACGCGAUCCGGUCUGUCAAGGAGUGGAGGAAGAUUGACAACGCCAACGUGGUGACGAUUCACGACGCGUUCACCACCAGGGCGUUUGGAGACAGCUCCCUCAUCUUUGUGCAGGACUAUCACCCGUUAUCCAAGACCCUCUCCGAAGUCCACCUGGCCCCCACCCCGGGGCCGGGCAACCGAUUCCAGCCAAAGGGUCCCAUCUCCGAGGCUAUCUUGUGGACCUACAUCUCGCAGAUUGCCAACGCGUUGCGGGCGAUACACGGUGCGAACCUGGCUGCUCGGUGCAUUGACGUCACCAAGAUUAUCCUUACGGAUAAGAACCGCAUUCGACUCAAUGCGUGUUCGGUUCUGGAUGUGGUGCAGUUUGACAUGAGGCGGCCUAUUGCGGAGCUUCAACAAGACGACUUUCUGCAGUUCGGGCGCACAAUUCUCAGCCUUGCCACUAACACAUUGCCUGUACAUCUCACCAACCUGAACUCGGCGGUCGAGCAACUGAGCCGAUCUUACUCGGUGGAGCUUCGCGAUACGGUCGUGUGGCUUCUGGCACCGCCACAGGGGCCGGCUCAGAAGACUAUUGAUGAGUUCGUCCGCGGCAUCGCCGGCCACAUCGUAGGGACGCUGGACCAGAGCCAGCACAGGGCCGACGAGCUCAACACGGAGCUUUUCCGCGAGCUGGAGAACGGGCGCAUUGCUCGGCUCCUCUUCAAGCUUGGCACUGUCAACGAGCGCCAAGAGUUCGACGGUGACCGGGCGUGGUCGGAGAACGGAGAGCGAUACAUGCUGAAGCUCUUCCGCGACUACGUCUUCCACCAGGUAGAUAGCAACGGCAACCCGGUGUUGGACAUGGGACACAUGCUGCGCUGCCUCAACCGGCUCGACGCCGGCACGGACGAGCGGAUCUGCCUGACCAGCCGCGACGAGCAAACCAGCUUUCUGGUCAGCUAUAAGGAGCUGAAGAAGCAGCUCAACAAUGCUUUUGGCGAGCUUCAGAAGGGCGGCAAGCAAGGGCGAGGGCUUUAG